AACUCCAUUUGCACGCUCAGAUUUCGCGUAUUCCGGUUCACAUACAAUAAUGUCGAAAGAAUUAGACGUAAAGGAUAAGAAGAAGAAGCGGCUCUUGAAACCAGAGAUUACAUCUAGCAGCCCAGACAUGAAGAAGACAAAGUCGAUCGACAGCCUGGCGUCUAAGGAGCCGAUACUGUUCCACAUGGAGGAGGAGGAGGAGGUGGACAGCCAUGACCCACACGAUGACCUCGGAGUCUUCAAGACCUCCUGUGACAUCAUGAGAGCUUCAGUCUCGGACAUAAACAAACUGAAGCAGAACAAAGAGGCUAAUGCAGAAGAAUUAGAGGAGAAGAGAAUCAAUGCAAGUCUGCAGUUUGUUGUCCUGAAGAAACUGAACCGUCUUGCUCACUUCCGUUGUCGCAAGGUCCGAGAGGGGACCAGUGAGGCCAAGCAGAGGAUCGACCAGUACCACCUGCAGCUGCAGAACUUGCUGUAUGAAGCCAUGCACCUCCAGAAGGAGAUCACCAAGUGUCUCGAGUUCAAGUCAAAGGACGAGGAGAUUGAGCUGGUAUCAGUGGGAGACUUCUACAAGGAGGCGCCUGCAGACAUCUCCAAACCAGAGCUGACUAAGAAGGACAAACAUCAACGGACCCUGGCCAGGCUAGACUGGGAGCUGGAACAGAGGAAACAACUGGCCUCCAAGUUGAAGGAGGCUCAGACUCAGAGAGAGGACAUCACGCAGGAGAUCAAGACCAAGCAGGACCACCUCGAGAGUCUCCAGCCCAAGCUGCAGUCCAUACUACAGGCCACAAAGCCAGUGCAGGGCUACCUUGGGAUGCAGUACGAUGAAGUGUGCGAGCAGCACGAGACAGCAUACCACCUUCCCCGACCACUGUAUGUCUUGUACAUGCAGGCCAGCGCCUACAAGGAGGCUUGUGACACACAGCUGAAAGUGACCAUAGAAGGAGAUAUUGAUGCUGCAAGGUCUCUUGUUACCACGGCGACACCAGACCUAGAUGAGGAGAGUGACAGCGAUCAAGAGGAGCAGGAGACAUCGAAAUCGAAGCGGAGGAGGAAGACGGUGGAAGCAAGGCAGACAGACAAGAAGGCGAAAGUUCUCCGCAAACACCCGCUGUCUGUCAUACUGGAUGUCACAACAAGAGAUGGCAGCAGUCUCCACCUGACCUUCCACUACCUACUGGUCCUCCAGAUCAUCACUGUCAAUGUCAAGGUCAACUGUGGUCCGGACACCAUCACCAACUCCAUAUCAGGAGGGGACCUGCUGUCUCUGGACUCCAUCUUAAAUGAACUCUACCCUGGUGACCAUGGCAAAACCACGCCCAAUCAGGCCAACCAGUAUGAACUGGUCAAACAAGGGAUGCAUGAGUUCAGUGAGUACCUGUGCGAGGUGGGACGGCCCUACAUGUGGGCGCAGUGGCUGGGGGGUCUGCAGUUCCUGGGAGACAACGGCUUGGAGAAGGCCAAGAGUUCUGUGAGUGCCAGCUACAUGCAGCAGACCAUCAAGAAGCUACGGCGUCGGAUCAAGUCACGUUUGUCACUGCUGCAACAGCUGGCUUCCCUCGAGCGGAACUCUAUCCCAGUCAGCAGUGAUGUCUUGAAGAACUUUCCUGCCAAGAUUCUGUCCCAUGUGACGUCAUGGCAACGGUCGACAUUCGAGGACUUUGCAUCCUUGCCAUAUACACGGUCAGCUAUUUCUACCGACAUGGCGCGAGAGACGGACAUGUUCUUCACCCUGACUAUGGAGCGGGGAUCAGCCAAGCUGACUUCGCAAGUGAUCAUCACGCCCGACUACCCCGCUGUGGCACCCAUGUUUGUUGUCAACAUCACCUGGCAGACGGACCGCAAUGCUGGCAAUGACAUUCAUGUCAAGGAGCUGGAGGAGGAGGUCAACAUCCACUACGAGGAGCUGGUGGGAAGGAAGUCACAAGGUCAGCUGCUGUCCAAUCAGCUUCAGCGUCUCCUCAUGUGUUUUGACGUCUACCUGGAGACCGAGUCACAUGAUGUGUCCUCACCUGUGGAGAUCCCCAAGGAGAAGGUGUUCCCCCGGACAGCUAGAGGCCCCAACAGGAAGAAGCCCUAUCGCUACAUGCCGGAUCUCAGCAUUUUUAUACAGCGGUAGCUUUCCAGCCAAUUCCACUGCAGGCUGAACCAGAAACACCGCAGGGUGUCACAAGACACAGAAACUGCUAAUACAGUUCAGCAGAGACAUGGAGAUUGUUUAGACCAAUGAGGUCAAAGCCUACAACCAACAACCCUUUUAAUACUGCAGCUGCAACUGUCGGAUGUAUUCAAUUUGUUUCUUUCAUAUUAUGUUUGUGACAUGAGUGGUAUUACAAGAGAAUGAUGUCUGGAAUCUUGUACAGACUAUUUUGUAACCAUGUAACCAUGGUAUCGGACCGUGCUUAUUUGAUGUGAAAUAUGUCUGGAAAAUAAAACUUACCAAAAGA